AUGUCCGAUCAGCAGAGCGUCCCAGAGCAGCUGGCUGCUGGGAAGAGCCAGGGUGGAGCUGGAGCCACUUACAAGGUGGUGCUGUUUGAGUUCGAGAACUUCCAGGGCUGCAAGGCAGAGUUUUCUGCUGAGUGUAAAGAUGUGACAGAGAAGGGACUGGAGAAGGUCGGAUCUCUGAUAGUUGAGUCAGGACCCUGGGUGGGUUAUGAUCGACAUGGCUUCUCAGGGGAGCAGUUUAUCCUGGAGAAGGGCGAGUAUCCACGCUGGGACACCUGGACUAACAGCCAGAGCAGCAACUCCCUCUUUUCUCUAAGGCUGCUCAAAGUGGACAGUGCCGAGCACAAGCUCCACCUGUAUGAGAACCCCGGAUACACUGGUAGAAAGAUGGAGAUUGUUGAUGAUGAUGUGCCCAGUUUGUGGGGCCACGGUUUCCAGGAUCGUGUAGCAAGUGUCAAGGCACUUAACGGAACAUGGGUUGGCUACAUGUACCCAGGCUACAGAGGCCGCCAGUUCAUCUUCGAGCGAGGCGAUUUCAAGCACUGGAACGACUGGGAGGCCCCAGCGCCUCAGAUCCAGUCUGUCCGACGCGUGAGGGACAUGCAGUGGCACAAGAGGGGCUGUUUCACCGGCCCUGACCCGGAUCCGACUCCCGGCCCUGAACCCGACCCCGCCCCAGUACCUCCUGCUCCCCCGGCCUCAGCUGGAGCCAGCUGA